AUGGAAGAGGACAAUGAAAAAUUUACUAGUCUUAUGGAAGAUCACGAUUGGAUAUCAAAAUUUGAGUACUUGGCUGACAUUUUUCAGCAUCUUAACCUAGUGAAUUCUAGUUUGCAAGGGCCAUUAGAAAAUGUAUUAACUUCCACCGACAAACUUUCAGCUUUUCAAGAAAAAAUCUCCAUUUGGUGUACAAACUUGGAUCAAGGGAACACAGCUAUGUUUCCAAUUUUUACAGGUCAAGAAAACUUUAAUCCUGAAGUUCUGGGAACCAUAAGAAGUCACUUGCAGGCCUUGCAAAUGUCAUUGAAAUAUUAUUUUCCAGACUUGAAUGUGAAACAGUAUGACUGGGUUCGCAACCCAUUUACUUCCUUGGUGCAAACAGAUGACUGUGAAUUACAACAGGAAGCAGUGGAACUAAAAAACGAUCGUACGCUGCAACUAAAAUUUGAAGAAGAGUCGCUCAACAGCUUUUGGGGUGAAUCUCCACAGUGAAUACCCUCGACUAUCAACGAAAGCUAUUGAAGUGUUACUUCAAUUUUCGACAUCCUGGCUAUGUGAACAUGGAUUCAGCGCGGUCACGAUUAUUAAAACAAAAAAACGCCCAAGACUCACAAAAACAACACUAGAAGACGAUAUGAGNCGUCCGUUCGACGUGCGACAACGCUACGUUAUCUGAAACGGGACUUAGUCAGUUUUCCUACAGUCACUACGCACGACUAUUAUGUACUUUACUGAUUACUGUGAAUUAUUAUUUCAAGCUAGUAAAAAGUAUUUAUUAUUUCUUAAACGCCAAAGACUCACAAAAACAACACUAGAAGACGAUAUGAGACUCGCUCUUUCAACCAUCAACCCUCGAAUUCCACAACUAUGUAGAAAUCACCAGGGUCAAAUUUCUCAUUAAUUUUUAGAUUUUAUAGUUUAUUCAAUUAUUAUAUAAUAUAUAUUAUCAAAAAUCUUAAUUAUUUUUUAUUCAAUUUUAAAUUUCAAUAUUUAUUUAACAAUAAAGCAAAAAUAAAAUUUGUAGUUAUUUUUCUGCGUACUAUAUUUUUUAUAGCGCUUGUAUUUUAUAUAACUAUUAUUUUGAUGUUAGGGAGAAGUAGUGUUGGGUUAUCGUGGAUGAGGGUGNUUACUUGACAAUAUACCUAUCUGCUAUCAUUAUUAUUACCCGCGCGGGUACUCCUAUCAGUUCCAACGCAACUUUCGAUCGAAACGAUUGUCAUCGCGUUCUAGCAGCAAUAAAAUAUACAAAUCUCGACAAGGUAAAAUCUUUUUAUAACAUUAAUUAUGGACAUACGGAACUUUUUUAAGAAACCUAAAUUAGACGAUAGUCUUAAUGGAUCGUUAGAUAAAACAAAAAGUCUGACUAUAGAGACUAAUUCCACAAGUGCAGUUGAUAUUACUGACUUGAGUAAAGGUGGCAGUUUUACUGAACAAGUUGAAAAUAUUUAUGACAAGGAAGUGGCUUAUUAUAAAAAUGAUACAGGACACUAUUUGGCAAAUGUAAAUAUUGACGAUUCUUUAAAGUUUGAUAUUUUAUGUAAUCCAUGGGUACCACCUACUUCAUAAUAUUAUUUUAAAAAUGAUCUAAAAUCGGAAAAUGGUCGUCCAUUUAGACACAUGUGGCUGGAAGAGAAUAAUACGUGGCUAUCAUAUUCGGCUAUUGGAGGCGAAAAAUGAGCUUUUUGUCGAGUAUCUGUAUUAUUUAAGCCAAAUGUUCACAGAGGUAAACAAGGAGGGUUUAUAAUAAUACUAUUUACAAAAUAUAAAGAUUUCCAUGCUUGUUGUCGAUCACAUCUAUCUUCACAAUGGCAUCUUGAGUCUACAACACAAGCAAAUGAUUUUUUAAAUGUUAUGAAGGGUAACAAAUUAAAUAUUUUAGAACAGACAAAUUCAAUUAAUUUUGCCCCCCCCCUAGAAAAAUGUCUGGGGACGUCCAUGAUUAUAUAAUAUAUAUUAUCAAAAAUCUUAAUUAUUUUUUAUUCAAUUUUAAAUUUCAAUAUUUAUUUAACAAUAAAGCAAAAAUAAAAUUUGUAGUUAUUUUUCUGCGUACUAUAUUUUUUAUAGCGCUUGUAUUUUAUAUAACUAUUAUUUUGAUGUUAGGGAGAAGUAGUGUUGGGUUAUCGUGGAUGAGGGUGACACGAAUCCAAAAAGGUUGAGAACCAGGGUUAAGGUAAUACCGACGUAUGCCUGUCCCGUUUGGGCGGCAGCCUCACCCACUAAAAUUAAAAAACUCCAAAUUCUCCAAAACAAAUUCCUUAAGAUUUGCCUAAAAGCGCAUUGGUUUAUGAGAAAUCACCAGAUACACAAUGAACUGGAAUAUCCCUAAUAAAUGUCUGGAUUAAAACUCAUUAUGAAAACUUCCACGCCAAGCCGAGACUCCGAAGGAGCUCGUCUUUAGAAACUAGGAAGAAAAACCCAAAAUAGGCGACUUCGACCUCGAUUACCUCAGAACACCCACCCUCCUAACGGACACUGAUGAGAUCUCGUCGGAAGAUGAAGAAUAAUUAACAAAAAAUACUAANCUUUAAUUAGGAAUCAUUAUAGCAUUAUUAUCUUAAGAUAAAUGUAAAUAUUAAACCAUAUUUUUAAUCUAUUGUACUUGUAAUAGCACCUAAUGUGCUGAAACAUUUUAAAAUAAUAAUAAAAAAAAAAAAAAGGUAAUACCGUAGUGUAUCGACCGAGAGAAAUAACUGGGUAAUUUUGUUUGCAUUUUUUUUGUUCGUAGUCUUCAGUUUACAGCGAUGAAACACUUGUUUAGUUUUAGUUUAAUUUAGUUUAGAUUUGUUUAGUAAAAUCACCUCGAUAGUACUAAACGGCCAUUGUAGUUACUCGACAACGGUAUACAGAAAAUAAAAAUAAACAGUUGUAUCUGACAGGUUUAAAAUAAAUUUAAACUAGAUUUUUCUGAAACAUGGUUUAAAAGCAAAACAUACGUUUUACAAGAUAAGUUUAAUACUUAAACCUAUCUAAAUCAUCCAUAUCUCGUAUUACUUCCAAUCCCAACGCCGCCGUCGAAUACCGUGCGCAAUACUUUAAGUUCCAAACCGAAUCUUAUGGAUAGAAAUAGUAACUCGAAUACGGACAAAAGAAAACCGAUUGUGAAUACGGUCCCGGUUAAAAAACAGUCAGUAGGCGCGAAAUCGACGGCUGGUGGGAGUUUAGUGAAUGAAACUUCAAAAGAAUCGGGUAUACCCAGAAAACGCUCCGUAAUAAAGAAAAGUAUUUCAACGAAUCGGAAAGAAAACAUAAAAAAACCUGCAGAUAAUUUACAGAUUAGGAAUAAACCGAAUGGUGAUGAGUUACCUAAUAAAUUGAAAAAUCCCGUAUUAGUUGUGAAAAGUGNUAAUGUUCUAGCCAGCCAAAAACCGACGAAAAACUCACCUGACACCUCGCCUAAACAGAAAAAACAUCAGAAAAACGAUACGUUCGAUGGAAAGAUACCAUUAGCUACAGCGAACAAAGAGAUGGCCAACGGAGGGACACCAACAUCUGUACAAAAAAACCAUACAUCCGAUGUACAGACUCUGACAACAACACCGAAGAAUAAAACGGCUGACGGAAGCACAACUAGCGGUGCUAAAGCGUUCAAUGAGAACAUUUUGACGGGAACUGCGACUAAAAUGACCAUCAGACAGCCGAAGUUGUCGUAUGUCAAAAAUGAAUGCAUAACAGUCACAGAUGGUGUUCUAAAGGAACAAGGCGUGAACGACGAGAAAACUGCCGGAAAGAAUGAUUGGUCCAACCACUGCGGUCCGACGUCGAAAUUUCCGGAUGUCCGCAAAGUUAAAACUUUAGACGAUUAGACGAAUUACGUAUACCCGGAAAAAACUGUAUGCCAAAGCAAUUAUGACUGCGUAAUUUUGUUCGUGGUCUUCAGUUUACAGCGAUGAAACACUAUCGAGGUGUUUUGUAGUAAACAGCCACUGUAGUUACUCGGCAACGAUAUACAGAAAAUAAUAAAAGGCAGUUGUAUCGGACAGGUUUAAAACAAGUUAAACUAGAUUCUUCUGAAACUUGGUUCAAGAGCAAAACAUACGUUUAACAAGAUAAGUUUAAUACUUAAACCUAGUUUAAAACCAAGUUUAAUUAAACGACCAAUCUUGUAUCGAUAUAUUCUGUUGAUAAUAAUAAAUGAUGAUAAUACAAAUCAAUUUUAAGUUAUAAACUAUAUAUUUCAUUAUCUUUUUUUAAACAUGCAGAACUACUUUAUUGACAAGAGUUUUUGUCGUUGCUCCCUUCUGAAAUGAUUUUAAUGAUUUCAAGUAGGUACUGAUAAUUCUACAUUCUAUGAGUAGUGAUAAAUUGAGUUGUCGAUAUUUUUUAAAAAUUCACUACUGAUCCAUAUUUUAUUCAAGUUUUUGUAAUCCCCUUUGCCUUUGUUCCAUGAUAUUAUUCAUAUGAUAUUAGUAUCAUGGAUCUGUAGGUCAACUUUCGGUACUACUAAUACAUUGAUUAAAUUUCUGCUUCAAUAAAAAACGACAAUUGACAUUUUAUUUUAGCAUUUUAGAUCUAGUUAAUAUAUUAAGAAGGCUAUUAUUUUAAUUUUUCACAUAGUUUAUAGUUUUCAAAUAAUAUAUUUUUCUUUUUUUCGUAUUUAUUUUUUCCAAUUCUAAUUUUCGUUUUCGAUUUCGUUUUUUACGACGUUUAGGACUAUCUACAGGAAAGACUAAGGGAACGCACGAUUGACGACUUUCAACAGUUUUGGCGCUUUAUAGACGUCACGGACGACGUCCAAAGACUUUUCCUUUAAAAUGCUCACGGUGCCGUAGCACGUAAGGUUAGAUAAGGUUAGGUUAGAAUCCUCCUGGAGAGACCUCUGUGAUCAAGUGCAGAAAGACCCGUGGGGUUUACCGUACAAGUUGAUAAUGGGUAAACUCAUCAGACCCCCACCAAUCCCUGAACUAAACGUCCCAGGGCGACUCCAGAGCAUCAUCAACGGGCUGUUUCCACAAAACCCCACAAGAAGCGCCAACACCCCAUUGUGGACCACAUCCAACGACAUCCACUCUGCACACACGAUUGAUCGCGUCGAACUCACCAUAGCAGCCAGAAGUCUUAAAGCCAACACCUCCCCGGGCCUGACGGUAUCCCGAACGAGGUACUAAAAGUGAUUGUGGCACUCAACCCGGACAUACUCAUCAACGUAUACAACACCUGUCUGUGCAGUGGGGUCUUCCCAGAGAUCUGGAAAAAAGCGCUACUGGUCUUAUCGAGGAAAGGAGAUAAACCUCUGGACGCCCCAAAUUUUUAUAGACCCUUAUGCCUACUUGACUGUCUCGGCAAAUUAUUCGAAAAAAUGAUUGAGACUAUUUCUAGACUCCAGCGAAGGACUUCAUAAGAGGCAAUUCGGGUUCCGAAAAGGACGUUCAACCAUCGACGCCCUGGAAGUCCUGAAGAAAACGGUCAAGGACAGCAAGCAAAAGGUGGAUAUACUUACACUAGAUAUAAGAAACGCCUUUAACUCUGCCCCGUGGAACGCCAUCUUGGAAGCCGUGCGGGACAUGGAGGUGCCCACGUACCUUCAGCGGAUAAUAGACAGCUACCUUGAAAACAGAGUACUAUGUUUCGAGUCAGGGGGAAUCGAGGAGAGGAUGCCCGUCACGUGUGGGGUACCGCAGGGCUCAGUCCUCGGGCCCACAUUGUGGAACAUCCUCUACGAUGGCCUCCUGAGAACUCACCUGCCUCCCGGAGUGGAAUACCUGGCCUUCGCGGACGACGUCGCACUCGUCGCAAAGGCCACUGACUCCAUCGGCCUAGAACAAAAACUGGCCUUCUCAGCGCAGAGUCAACGAAUGGCUCACGAAGACUGGUGUCUUUCACUAACUGCGCACAAGUGCGAAGCCAUGGUGAUUACAAAUACAAGAACUCACAACGACAUGACCAUCACCGUUGACGGCCGCCACGUGGAAUCAGCCAAAUGCGUAAAAUACUUGGGCAUACACAUUGACAGCCGCUGGCGGUUCUCCGAUCACGCCCGUAUUGUUGCAGCUAAAGCGGGCAAGACAGUACAGCAGCUAAGCCGUAUUUUACCGAAAAUCAGCGCAGCAAAGCCAACAAGGCGGAAACUCCUAAGUAACAUGGCCCAUUCCGUCCUUCUAUACGGCUCACCGAUAUGGGAGGAGGACAUGUGCGCCACGGGAUGGUCAGCACUACAGAAGGUACAGAGGCGCAUCUACCUUAGAGUGGCCUCUGCAUAUUGCACUACAUCAACCGACGCACUCGGGGUUAUCACGGGAAUCGCCCCCUUGGAUCUACUCAAGGAACCAAAAAUGACACACGAUAAAAAAAGAGACCCUGAAAGACCACCAGCAGUCGAGAACAUCCUGGAGGUAUGGCAGAGCAGAUGGAACAGCAGUGAGAAGGGCAGUUGGACACACACCCUCAUACCGAACAUUAUUCCCUGGAUUAACCGAAGACACGGAGAAACGGAUUUCCUUCCAUCUCACACAAGGGCUCAGCGGACAUGGUUGCUUUGCUGCAGACCUAAAACGGUUCGGAAAACUGGGAAGCUCCGAGUGCUGGUUUUGCGGCGAUCCUCUGGACGACGCAGCGCACACGCUUUUUAAGUGCGAUGCUUGGCAUCAAAAAAGAAGACAAGCUGAGCUGGCCAUCCAUACAGACCUCAAUCCAAAGAACCUCAUCCAAACCAUGCUCGUCUCGAAGGAAAACUGGGACAAUAUCGCGGACAUGAUCAGAGGGAUUAUGAGGAACAAAGAAGCGGAAGAAAGAAGGCAAGCCUUGCAACCCGAUCCAAAUAUCCAAAAUUAGUUACCACUUAUAUUGUACGCUGAAAACAAAAAUAGAGGGGAUAGAGCCCCCCAAUCAUUGUAAAUCUAAUUGUGCGACCGCAAAUAGGGGCAUUGUUCCUAUGCGCGGUCUUAUUUAUGUGUAAAUUAUUCUCAAAGAAAUGAUGGGACAUAGGGGUGAAAUAACCGAAACGUUGGUACCACCCUAUGUCCCGAUACCUGGAAAAAAAAAAAAAAAAAAAAAAAAGGUAAGGUUAGGUUAGGUUAGGUAUCGUUAGUUCGCGUGUUUCCGGGCCGGUCGUUCGACGGAGGACGCUAUUAGGAGUGUCAUUGCGGCAGCUAAGGAGGCGGCGAGGGGUGCGGUCCAGAACAGAGACUUAUGCGCCGUGAUCCCUCUUGACGUGAGGAACGCAUUUAACACAGCACCGUGGAGGGAGAUAGACAAGGCGUUGGAGGAGAAGAGGGUCCCGCGGUACCUGAGGGCCACUCUUCGCUCUUACCUAGACGGGAGGACCCUCCAGGUAGGCGAGGCUACCAGAGACGUGACGUGCGGAGUUCCACAAGGAUCGGUGUUGGGUCCGGCCUUGUGGAACGUGUUCUAUGACACUCUGCUGAGGAUGGAAAUGCCUUGCGGAGUCAGGCUUGUGGCAUUCGCUGAUGAUGUAGCAGUGGUCGGAGUUGCCCAUACCGGCGAGCUCAUGGUGCGGACAAUCAACCCAGCGCUGGACAAGGUGCUGGGUUGGAUGUCCGCGAAAGGGCUGGAGCUCGCGGUACGCAAAACAGAGGCGGUGAUGCUGACGAGGAAGUGGGCGUUCGACUACCCAGCGGUCACCAUCGGUGGUCAGCAGGUGGCGUUUAGGAAAAAUGUGUGCUAUUUGGGGGUAGACCUCGACCAGAGGAUGACAUUUUCGGGGCACGUUGCCAAGGCGGCGAACGGGGCAGCUGGAUCGGCCAGGGCGCUGGGUUCGUUGAUGGCAAACACGGGCGGGCCAAGCACCGCCAAAAGGAAAUUGCUGACCUCGGUGGUACACAGCAAGCUGUUGUACGGGGCGAGCGUGUGGGCUGAAGCGGCGAUGUCCACGGAGAGGAACCGCGCCAGAAUUGGGAGCCAGCAACGGAGGAUAGCUCUAAGGAUUGUGCGCGCGUAUAGGACGGUGUCCGUGGAUGCGGCGUUGAUGCUGACGGAAAUUCCCCCGGCGGAUCUACUGGCCAGGGAACGCUGGCGGAUAUCGGAACGGUGCCGAGGCAAUAGGUGCUAGAUUCUGAAGAGGUCAGCGGUGGCGGAGGAAAGAGCGAGAACAAUCGCUGAGUGGUGCGAGCGUUGGCGGGGCACCAGCAGGGCAGCAUGGACCAGGCAGGUACUGCCAAACCCGGAGCGCUGGCUGAGCAGAAGAUUCCGUGUCCCCAUAACAUUCCAAGCGACCGAGGCGCUCACGGGACACGGUUGCUUCCAAGCCUAUUUGUACAUGAGAAACAGGGCGGCCAGCCCGCGCUGCCUGCUGUGCAACGACGAGCAGGACUCAGCGGAGCACACGCUGCUCCAUUGCCCCCACUGGGAUCGAGAGAGGGCAGACGUGGUCCGGUUUGUCGGUGGCAGGUCCCUCAGGGUAGAGGACAUGUCUGAGAUCCUGUGUGGACCGGAGCCUGGCGUCCUCCAGGAUAACCCUCAGGCAUCUCGGAUCAUGGAUGCUGCGAUGAGGGCCGCCGAGAGCCUGUUUAAAAUGAUGAACACAAUCAUGUCGGCGAAAGAGGAGCUGGAGAGGCGGAGGCAGGCCGAGGAGCGAGCCGCAAGGCGGUAG